AUGCUCACCUUUACCUAUCUUUCGCUGUUCGCAGCCGCGGUGAGUCUCGCGCAGGAGUCCACGUCACAGAGUGGAGACGGCUUUAUUCUUCCGUCCAUGGAUGCGGCUGAGUUUACUCGUUCGACGAAAGCAUCCACGAAAUCAACUGCAGCUGCCAAAACGACUAGACGCGCUAGCACGACAAGACAUUCAAGCACGUUCAAAACAGCAACGAUCACAGGGUCUGACACGCAGUCAGCGAAAUCGACACCCCCAGUGUCAGUGCUCGAAGUUGCUUCAAGUACUUUCAGUUUCUCGUCGACAGACAUGCCUGCCUCUGAGCCCGUCCAAUCCUCGAAAAGUCGUCGUCGCUUGUCCGCCGUUGCGAUAGCAGGCAUCUUUCUAGGGAUCCUUAUCGUCAUCGGGAUUGUUGGUGGGUUGGUUCUGUACCAUCGAUGGCUUAUCAGGCAAGAGAACAUGUAUAAGGCAAAACAGCAGGAUCCAGACUGCGAUGAGCUUCAACAGGCGUCAGAGUACCGAUAUUCGUCAGUACCGGAAUCGUCCUUACCAGAGUUUGUGUCUUCUGGAUCGGGGAAAAGCAAGCAAGGUUGGGCCCAGAAAUUGAGGGGGAUCGGCAUCCGCCGAUAA